AUGUCAGAAACAAAAAUGAAAAAUAUAAUUUUAUUAUUGCUUUUACUAUCACUAGUCACAAUUGUCAAUUCAAUUUUUUUACAAAAAAUUCAUCCUCAAGAAUAUUCUUUACAACUUGAUAAUAAUGCUUUCACAGUUUCAAGAACCAUAACAGAUUGUAGUAAAAGUGAAGAUAUUCUUCAAAUUGAAUAUAUUAAUUUGAAACCUGAUCCACCAGCCAAAGGAAAACCACUCUUUGUUGAUGCUGCUGGAUUCUUAAAGGAAACAAUCUUGAACGGUAGUUAUGUUGAUGUGGUUGUUAAACUUGGUUCAGUCAAUAUUUUUGAUGAAAGAAUGGACUUGUGCGAAAAAUCAGCCGAAUAUGCAGAAAUAAAUUGUCCAAUCAAGAAAGGUCAUCGUGAAUUACACCGUGAAUUUGAAAUACCCAACGCUAUUCUCCCGGGAACUUAUAUUGCCGAUAUUAAUGCAUAUACAUCUGACGGCCAAAAUAAAUCGCCUUAUAAUAUUAGUACACAUAAUAGCAAUUCUUCAAUAAGCUUACCUAUCACGAAUCAUGACAAUAGAGCUGAAGCUAAACAAAAAAUGUUAUUACAAAUGUUACAAAAUCAGGAAUCGCAACGUAAACAUAACUGGGAACAACCCAGUCCGCCCCGUAAUAAUGUUAAAUGUGAUUAUUGUCAAGAAAGAAUACUUAGUAACGAAUUGCGAUGUACAUUAUGUGGGUCAUGUAGUCAUAUAAAAUGUCAUACUUUUAUAACUGCUCCAUGCUAUAGUAAUAUUGAAAAUGAUUCUGAUAGUAUAACAUCAUCAAUAUCAAACAUAGUGGUUAAUUAUGCAACAAUAAAAUACUUGAUGUUACAUUUAUCCAGAGUAAAAGAACACGAGUCGGAAAAUUUAAUGAAUUCUAAAAAUCUUUCAGUGGUUUUUGGUCCAACAUUAUUACGUGGUCCAAAUCCAAAUACAGAAAUACUUGAUAUGAAUUACAAAAAUUCUGUAAUUGAAUAUAUUAUAGAAAAUGCUAAUGUGUUAUUUUCACCUAUACAAUCUCCACGACAUGAAGGGAGAAGAGAAGGGUUUAUAUAA